GAGAGAGUGUUGGGUUGUGAGGCGUUUAAUUGGGGUGGCGGCGGGAGGGAGGGAGCUGUUAACGGCUGCUCCUCCUUGACAGCAUCACCUCCGGCGGCGUCUCUUCCUCCUCCUCCUCCCCUCCAUGGCCACUGCGGCUCCCGGCGUGGCCCCCUCCGCCGCGCUGCAUGUGCUGCUGCUGCUGACAGAAGGGGAGGCGGCGGCCGUCGAGGCCGGGCCCGGAGGCUUGGGACCCCCGCCUCCCUGAGCUGAAAUGGCCGCCCAGAUGAUACUUUGACUUUUCUGGAAACUGUAUCUGAGGAUUUUUUUAUUUUUUUUUUUGAAUGAACAUCCCCGUUACUCUCAAACUGCCUGAGAUGGCAAGUCCAGCUAUCAGCCCUGAUUCUUCUUCCCAUGAAGGACUCUCUUCUGUCAACUCUAUGCCUGCUUGCUCUCCUACUUCUGAUUGUGAGAACCUGAGCCCUGAUGAGUUGGAACUAUUAGCAAAGCUAGAAGAACAAAACAGGCUUCUGGAAGCAGAUUCCAAGUCACUGCGCUCCAUGAAUGGCUCACGAAGGAACAGUGGGUCCUCUUUGGUCUCCAGCUCUUCUGCCUCAUCCAAUUUGAGCCAUCUUGAAGAGGAUACCUGGAUCCUGUGGGGGAGGAUUGUCAAUGAAUGGGAAGAAUGGCGGAAAAAGAAGGAAAAACUGCUCAAGGAGCUCAUUAGGAAAGGAAUUCCCCAUCACUUCCGAGCCAUUGUUUGGCAGCUUCUGUGCAGUGCCACUGAUAUGCCUGUGAAGAAUCAAUAUUCAGAGUUGCUGAAGAUGUCUUCUCCUUGUGAAAAGCUGAUCAGGAGGGACAUUGCUAGGACAUAUCCUGAGCAUGAGUUCUUUAAGGGACAGGACAGUCUGGGCCAAGAGGUCCUCUUCAAUGUCAUGAAGGCUUACUCUCUAGUCGACCGUGAGGUUGGGUACUGCCAAGGCAGCGCAUUCAUUGUGGGAUUACUUCUCAUGCAGAUGCCUGAAGAAGAGGCCUUCUGCGUGUUUGUACGGCUGAUGCAAGAGUAUAGGUUACGGGAACUAUUCAAACCCACUAUGGCUGAGCUGGGACUCUGCAUCUACCAGUUUGAAUACAUGCUGCAGGAGCAACUACCUGAACUGAAUAUCCACUUCCGUUCCCAAAGCUUCCUUACUUCCAUGUAUGCAUCAUCUUGGUUUCUUACCCUCUUCCUCACCACCUUUCCACUAUCUGUGGCCACUCGAGUGUUUGACAUCUUCAUGUAUGAGGGACUGGAAAUAAUUUUCCGUGUAGGGAUGGCUCUUCUACAAUUCAACCAAGCUGAACUGAUGCAACUGGACAUGGAAGGGAUGUCACAGUAUUUCCAGAAGGUAAUUCCUCAUCAGUUUGACAGCUGCCCUGAUAAGCUCAUCUUGAAGGCCUAUCAGGUCAAAUACAAUCCUAAGAAAAUGAAACGACUGGAGAAGGAGUACACUGCAAUCAAGAACAGGGAGAUGGAAGAGCAGAUUGAAAUCAAGAGGCUUCGUACUGAGAACCGCCUCCUGAAACAGAGAAUUGAAACCCUGGAGAAGGAGAGUGCUGCCUUGGCAGAUAGACUGAUUCAGGGCCAAGUCACCCGAGCACAGGAAGCUGAGGAGAACUACAUCAUUAAGAGGGAGUUGGCUGUAGUAAGGCAGCAGUGCUGCACAGCAACAGAGAACUUACAGAAGGCCCAAAGCACUAUUCGGCAGCUGCAGGACCAGCAGGGAAAUCCUCGCUACUCUGAAGAAUUUGUGAGUCACCUGGAAACAGAGCUGGAGCAGUCACGCCUGAGGGAAUCUGAGACUCUGGGUGCACUUAAAGAGAUGCAGGACAAAGUCCUGGAUAUGGAGAAGAAGAACAGCUUGCUUCCCGAUGAAAACAAUGUAGCUCGCCUGCAGGAAGAACUGAAGGCAAUGAAGGUGCGAGAGACUGAGGCUAUGAAGUCCUUCAGGGAACUCCAGCAGCAAGUGAAGGAGCUCAAUGACAACUGGCAGGCCCAUCUGAGUCGGACAGGUGGGAGAUGGAAGGACUCACCUCGCAAGAACACCAUGAAUGAUCUCCAAGAUGAACUGAUGAGCCUUCGUCUCCGUGAGACACAAGCUCAGGCUGAGGUCCGAGAACUGCGCCAGAGGGUAGUGGAGCUUGAAACACAGGAUCAGAUUCACAGCAACCAUCUAAACCGGAUGGAGCAGGAGUGUUCUGGGCUGCAUGAAAAGGUUCAGUACCUUACUGCCCAGAACAAGGGACUGCAGACUCAGCUAAGUGAGACCAAGCGCAAACAUGCUGAAUCCGAAUGCAAGAGCAAAGAAGAGGUGAUGGCUGUGCGCCUGCGAGAAGCUGACAGCAUGGCUGCUGUGGCAGAAAUGCGGCAACGGAUUGCUGAGCUGGAGAUCCAGAGGGAAGAAGGGAUGAUCCAGGGCCAACUGAACAAUUCUGACUCCUCCCAGUACAUUCGUGAACUCAAGGAUCAAAUUGAUGAACUCAAGGCAGAGAUCCGGCUGAUGAAGGGACAGAAACCUUUUGAGGACUCCAUGGGCUUUGAUGGCAUCCAUAUUGUGAGUCAUCUGGCAGUGGAUGAUGACUCGCUGCAUUCCUCAGAUGAAGAGCUGCUGACCAGCCCUAUGGUAGUGGGUGCCCUGCAAGAUGUCUUGUACCCACUAUCUCCCCAUAAUGCACACUUUCUACGGGGUGCUGAGAGCUCUGGCAAGGACAGUGAUGGAACCACAGAUAGUGAUCCAGAUGAUCCUGCCUCUGCCACUGAGCCCAAUGGCGAGAUCAUCUUUGCAGAAGCUCUGGGCAAAUGAGGACAGAGGCCUGCCAUCCCACCUGCAUCUGGAAGGCACUUGGUCCUCUGACCAGGCUGUACUGAGGGGGCCAGAGAUAGAGACAGAUUGUGUAAGAUGCAACUGAGCAGCCCCUGUCGGGAUGGCACAAGGGAAAGGCCUUGUCUACAGCUGGCCUGAAUUACUUGGACCUUCUCUAUUGAUUGAUUAUUGUCUGCACUGCCUCCCCCUCCCCCCAGCUCUAUGGUCACUGGUGAGUUAAAAUCCAAACCCAUGUAUUGGCCUCAUUCACAUUUUUCCCACCCCACCCCUGUUGCCACAGCUUUUUCAAUUUUCUUUCCCCACCCCCAGGUUUUUCGCACUCAAGAACCUUGAAGGGGCAACAGAAGGAAACAGUCCACUAGUUCCAUCAAAUGCAGUCCGGUACUAAUUAAUCUGUCUCCUUGUUGCUCCUUAGAGAGAGGAGAGGGGCCAGUCUUCCCUUUAUUUAUAUAUAUGUCCGUUCACCUGCUGUUCUGCAUACAUAGAAGAAAAUCAAAUGCCUCCACACUUGCUUGUGAUUUUCAGAGCAGGGAAAGGACAGGAAAGAGUGUGUGUUGAGUGUGCUUGUCAAAGGAGGAUUGCGUGCUAGAGAAAAAAAUUAUAUUUUUGUUCCUGCAUAUAUUAUUUAUUUAUACUGUGUGAUUGCCAAACCUUCUCCCUUAGAGAAGCCUUGGCAUAAAGCUUUAAGUUCAAUGAUUGUGAGGGCUUUUCUGGAGCAGCCAGAACUGCUUCUGUAGCUAAAGAUACAGAAUCUUUUCUAUAUAACUGUGUUGUGGUAAGGGAGGUGUUUAGUAUUAUACCUUCUGUGGUUCAUUUUGCCUGCAGCUGUAAUUCUGUUGUGCUGCAACCAUAACAGGAGAGCUAGAUGCUCUCUUACUCCCUAUGGUAAAACAGCAGUUUUUCAAGGAUUUCUUGCCUGGAAUUGUGUGGAAUGGUGCUGUAUUCUUCCACAACUCCACCUGUAUGGCUGUCUCUUCAAACACUAGUUCCAGGAAAAUUCAACCAGUACCAGAUUUGUUUCAGGUAGGUGACAGUCCUUCAAAACACCUAGCAAAUAUAUUUUAUUUAGGAAUGAAAGCGAAGUUAAUAAGUUCCUUCCUGAGCUUUUUAUUUGGUUCAUGAUUCACUAGGUCAAAAUAACUGGCUUAAUUUUCAAGUAUCUGAGAAAGUAAGUUGAAAAAUGCUUUUGUUGUUGAGAAGCAAAGCUAGCAUGUGGAAAGAUGGGAAUUAUUGGGCUGUCAAGACUUGUGAUCUUCCCCAAUUUUUAAAAAUGGAUAUACCCAUACUCUCCUAUAUGUGCAUCUGCCCAUGAAGCAAAUAUGUGAUUCCCACCUCCCAGUUUGCUUUCUAACACUAAUGGAGUUGGGGCUGCAGGAGAGAGUCAGUGAGAGGUGUGUUGGCCUCUUGUACUCCAAUGGCUAGUCCCAUGUAAAUGGCCUCAGCCUCCCCCCCACUCUCUUUGCCUAUAUGAUAACCAGAAAACAUGUUUGAUUGUAACAUUGCUCCUAGAAAUGUCACUUGCAUCAAUAGCUGGGUUUUUUUUCUUAAUUGGUCUGGGGAAGAAGAAAAAAUAUUCCCUUCUCACUGACAUCAGCUUCUCACCUUCACUUAACUUGAAAUUUACUAACUCAGCCCACCAAUAGAAAUGGGAAAACGGAGAAUUCUUAAUCCACAAUUAGUCACUCGUGGUCUGCUUGAGAACAUUUUAAAGGGACUGUGGCAUGGUCCCCAACCCAACUGAAAAAAGUGCCAUAACAAUUUAGAUGUCUGUAUUAUAGGGUGAGCCCUUGCAUAUAUUAUAUGUUGAUUUUACACUCCCCCUCUCAACCACACCAGCUGGGGAAGAUAAUUGCAAGUUUUGGUGCUAUACAGCAGUUGGUACUCAUAGUUCUCUCUUUCAUUUUCAGGGCCCAAGCCUGCUAGUUUGAUUCUGCCCCAUUCCUUUAAGUGUUCCUUUAAGCAUUCCUUUAAGAGGAGUCUUAUGUAUUAUACAAGCAAACAUGUUUUCUAAUUAUCGUAUAGUCACAGUCUGAUUUUGCCCCAUUUCCCUUAAGUGACAAAGUCAUCGCUUAAAAUCCAUAAAGUCAUUUAAUGUAACAUGGUCAUUAAGGCCUUAGCCAGAGCUAUCCUGCUAUCAGAUACAUAGCCUUGCAAGGUAUUUAAAUAAAAGCAUUAUUACAAAUGUUCCUGACAGGGAAUGAAGAUCAAGUGGUACAGUAUUAGGAAAUGCCAAGGACUUCAGAAUGGCAGUGCAGGGGGAAGAUGUGUUUUCCUCAGCAUGUGGGCCCUAAGAGGUCUGGCUUUGACCCCACCAAGGUGGUAGGCAGUUCCCUUAAGCAAGUGCUGGUUAAUGAGAAUCUUCUGUGCACUGAAUUUGUGGACUAGUUUCUGAAUUUGCAAGUUGAAUGUUUUUGCCUUCAGGGAAGGAAGAAUGUUUCUUGUUAUGGACUAACUUUCUCUUCAUCCAUCUUUCAAUACUCUUUUCAUACACUGUGCUGUUUACUAACAAAUAUGCCUUUUGAUUUUACCUAAUUUCUAAAUCCUGCAACAUUAUUUAUUAGUAGUGUUCUGUAACAGGCUCACAGAUCUUUCUUUCUGAAAACAGCUUCCUUGGCAUGAGUUUAUAAUUCAUUUCAUCCCUUGUGAAGGAGGUCCUUGGAUUUUCCAAAUGUUAUUGUGUCUUAUCAACACAGCAAGCAAGCUUUGUUGAUUGUUUUCGACUCCUAUGUUGUAGACUCCUGUCAUGAGAUUAAAUUAGCAUUUGCUGAAUCAGGCAGGCAAACCUACACCAGCCCAACCCACCUCAUUGGUGGUCCUGAAGUUAUUAUAAUUAUGUAUUUAUAUAAAUAGGCCUGAGGAAAGGCUCCAGUUUGGUAUAAUCUUCAAUAUUUUAAUAGAUGUAUUCUGUACAUACAUGCUACACUUUAUUGCCAAAUCCUGUGAUUUACUUUGCCAUUAUUCAGUCUGUCCUCAGAAAUCAACAACACAAUAUGUCGUCCAAACAGAAAUUCAGCCCUGCACCUUUGCAUUGAUCUGCUUGUGUUGUUGGUCUGCUGGUGACGAUACUUUAAUUUUCGAUCUGCUACCUUCUCCCCGGCCCCCAUUGCUAGCAGUGGGCACAUUUGUAGUGUUGGCUGGCCUGUGAAACUGUUCGCCAGUUUGUGCAUAAUUCCUAGCUGUUGUUGAUGUUUGUUUGUGUAGUGCUAACUUGAAUGCUUGCUGCCUCCAGGAUUCCAUGUCAGGAAGAGUUUUAAUCACUGCUGUUUCUAAUUCUGAAGUAGCGCCUUUGGGGGUUGUAGGAGUAAAUGGGAGAAAGCCAGACUCUUUUGGACAAACUCAACUCCAAAAUUUUUCCUCAACUUGUUUUGGUCAAGGCUCCCUGUUGUUGUUUUUAUAAUCUGAAAGUCAUUUGGUUAUGAAUGUAUGAGUUUGGUUUACUCUGGCACAACCAACCAAAGUUUGUAACAUUUGACCUCUUCUAAUCUACACUACAGUUAUUGAUUCCCACCGUUAUUGACAUUUGUAACAGCAUUUGAAACCAUGGCCAUGAAAAAGUGUGAUUUAUUGUUAUCAGUGGUUACCCCAACUACUUCACAGCUUCUAUAAGUGCAGUGUUGGCAGGCUAGCAUACUUGCUAUAUGGUCCAAAUGUGAGCUUUCUCCCCAAAGUAUCUGAUCUCUGAGACCAGGCCUAUGCAAUACCAUGAGAAUAAGUCAAAUGAGGUCCUUGACUUCUGCUGCUUCCCAGCAGAGAAUAUUUCUUUAUAACCUUCUGGAGCACUGCGUGAGUAACCUAAAACCAUGUAGUAAAAAUCACUACACUGGACAACAUGCAAUAAAUGUUUUAAAACACUAAUUUAUUUCUAAUUGAAACCUAAUCAAUUCCUUCCAGCCAGGGAAAUAGUAAAGGUAUUAAGGGACUGGAUGAGAGAUGGGAGCAACAAUUCUCAUUCUGCUACUAUAGAGCACAAGGCAUUCUUCUGAUUCAAGAUAGCAUGAAUUUAGCUGAAUGGUAGACAGGGAGAGAAUUCCCAGGGAACUGAAUGAUAGUAUGUCAUACCUAAAAAAAAUCAUAACCUCAUUGCUUAUUGUGGAGUGAUGCUGAUCUUUCUUGUGUAGGCCUAGUCUUCAGUCCUUGACAAAUAAUCUGUUCAUGUGCAGAUAACACCCCUCCCCAAACAAAAAAAAACAACAACAAUGUUUUA